CAGGGGCCCGGCGGGACCUGAAGCACUCAAGCUUGACGGGUGUCCUAAAGAGGAAAGAUCAUGACACGGGGUUAUCUUUGUUCACCGAAAGGUCGCAGUUCCGCUCAUGGCAAGCGAAAAUUACUGAGUAUGUCUGAUCAUCAAUGAUCGACAAGAAACGAGGGACAGCGUUUGACAGAUGGUGGGAGAAGUAAAAGCUAUAGUUGAACCAGGCCCGAAGCCAGGCUGCCAUUCGCUUUCAGGGCACUGCAUGCUCAGGAUGGUGAUUAUAAAUAAUGCUAAGUACCGACAUUCAGCUGAAUGAUUCUCCAUGACCUCUACCAUCAACCAUGACCAUUUGGGGUUCCUUUCUGCGCGGACGCCGAAGAAAAACCUCAAAUUCUCCUGAACUAGUCACUUCCGGCCUACCUCCUCGCGAGUUAACCCCACAUCCUCCUUCGCGACAGCGAUAUCAUUCUGCUCCAGGCACUGUCCAGAUUAGCCCAUCAUUCAAAGCAGGACUCACCUCCUCAGGACACCCAGCCACCGAAUUGUCACGCACUAUAUCCAUCAACGAUGUUCCCUCCUCCAUUGCCACACCCCUCCUCACCCACCGCAUCUGCCUGGUCCCGUACCUUGAUUCUAACCACAUCUUCCAUUUCGAGCCAAUCUUCCGCGACCUCAUAGACGGCGAGACCCCCGUUCGCAUUGGUCGCUUCUCAGGUCAUUCCGCUUCAGACGCCCGAUCCACGAACGAAAUUACCUUUGACACGCGUGUACUCUCUCGCCUCCAUGCAGAAAUUUGGUCAGACAACGGCAAGAUUUACAUCAAGGACACCAAAUCGUCAUCAGGCACUUUCCUCAAUCAUGUCCACAUAAAUUGUCCAGGCUCUGGGAGCGCACCAUAUCAGCUCAAAGAUGGUGAUUUCGUACAGCUCGGCGUCGAUUAUCAGGGCGGUGUGGAGGAUAUCUAUAAAUCCGUCAGGAUACGGAUCGAAAUCGGACGCGAUUUCACACAGCCCUACAGUCAUGUUGCCAACAAUGAGCUAUCUAGCGAUCACGGCGGCACAAACACUCAUUCCCAGGAAAGUCUCCAAGAGCCCGGCAGUUGUUCGUCAUUCAUCAUUCCGACUCUUACAAAUACUGCGGGCCAUGAUGCAUGGAUGGCCCAGGACUUAUGUACCGCUGAAAAGCUGCUGACGAAGGAGAUCGACGCAGACCACAAUAAUCACCACGUCUUUGGCGGUCGCUCGGUUAUGAGGGCGCGACGUUUCAAGUGGGACAAUGCGCUUCAAGAUGCACUCAUAUCCAUUGCCAUCCAACCCUCGUUAAAAGGCUAUAUUUCUAAAGGCAUUGCCCUCUGCGGCAAGCAACAACUUUGGGAUGCCAUGGAAGCUUUUGAUCUUGCUCUCUCAUUUUCAAAUGACAAUCGAAUGACUGUCGAGAUCUUACUAAUUAAGGCUAUUGCGCUUUUCAACUCAAGUCGCCACAAUGAAGCGAUACGACGGGUUCAAGAUUUAGCCGCCGCUUGUCAGUCCUCAGAGACACUUCAGUGCAGCGUAGUCGAUUCAUAUCUUCAUGUGCAACAUGCAAUGAUUGUUUUCGAGGGUGGGCACUACAGCGAAGCCGCUGAUAAACUUACGGCUGGCAUUACUACUAUCGCCGACAGGUUCCUACGUCCAACACUUUAUGAGCCUAUACCGGGUGAACACAUGCAUAACUUGGAUAGGUACGUGGGUACGUUCACGGAGUUGUUCGGCUGGGACUUCGGUUUGUUAUGGCAGACCGCCAACCAAAGACGUUGUGAAGCGUUUCUCUGCGCUGAUCGUGUGAUUGAAGCGGCUGGGCCUCAUCAGUAUAUGAUGCUCAUGAUUAGCGAGGCUGUGAAGCCCAUCCACCACGAAUGGUCUGCCGCCUUCAAGCACAAGUGUACUUCACGUUGUGUCACAAAGGGGGACGAAGCUGUUACUGCGAGCAAUUAUGAAAUGGCUGUUGAACUGUAUUCAGUAGGGAUAAGCCUGGACUCUUCAUGCGAGUCUCUUUUUGCGCGCAGAAGUAAGGCAAAUUUGACCCGAAGGCUCUAUACAGAGGCCCUUGAUGAUGCAGAAAAGGUCAUUGAACUGAACCCUUCGUCUUAUACUGGGUACAAAUUGAAGUAUGCAGUGCUUCAUGAAUUACAACGCUACGAUGAAGCGAUCGAGGCGUUAAAAAUCAUGCUUUUGAAGUUGGACAACGCAAUUGACCCGGAGAUACGAGAGUUGCGUCAGCAAUAUGUCAGUCCAUCCGAAGCACAUGACGCCAUUCAAAGAGCUGUCAAUAUUCAACUAGAAAAUGCCCCACUUCGUCUCGUCAACACCUUCACUGGGCGUUUGUGUGAUAGACAAACUCAAAUCAACACCUUCAUUAAAAGCGAAAAGUACAAAGAAGUCUUGUCAUCAUUGAUGGCGCAUGCAACCCUCCAAACGGAGCUCAUCAAGGCCAUAGUCACGGAAUAUUUCAGUUGGGUCAUGUUAUCGCAUAGGUGGGAGAGUAAGGAGCCGCGGCUGCACGACAUUCAGGACAAGGACGUGUACACCUUAGCUUCACUCGGAACCGUAUUAAAGCUGCAAACCUUCUGCAAAACUGCUCGUGAUGCGGGGUAUCGCUGGGCGUGGAGCGAUACAUGUUGCAUCGACCAGAGCAACAAUUUUGAACUUCAAGAAUCAGUCAACUCCAUGUUCGUCUGGUACGGCCACUCAGCGCUCACAAUUAUCUACCUGGCAGAUGUUCUGCCUUGGUCGGAACCCGGGGCACUCGCAAAUAGCACUUGGAACACUCGGGGGUGGACUGUGCAGGAAUUCCUUGCUCCUCACACUGUUCGCUUUUAUCGAGCAGAUUGGACCUUGUAUCUCAAUGAUCACUCUCCCAACCACAAGAUGUCUAUCGCUAUUAUGCAGGAGUUGGAGGACUCAACAGGCAUAGAUGCACAAGCCCUCAUUGCCUUCCGCCCGGGCAUGAGAGGCGCCCGAGAGAAACUUCAAUGGGCAUCCAGCCGUGUCACGACUUUGCAAGAAGACAUUGCAUAUUCACUAUUCGGUAUCUUCCACGUCCACCUCCCUGUAAUCUAUGGCGAGAAGAGACAAAACGCGCUCGGACGACUCUUGCAGGAGAUCAUUGCGCAUUCAGGUGACAUCACUCCCCUUGACUGGAUCGGAAAAGCAUCCGAGUUCAAUAGCUGUCUCCCAGCUGACAUCACAUCAUACAAAGCUCCACCGUGCAUGUUAUCAUCUCUGCCCGAAGAUGAGAUGAACAUGUCUGUCUCCAUGUUGCGAAACACUGUGUCGGCGGAGUUGACUUCGAAACUGUAUACCCUCCUUGAAAACCUCAGUGCUCCUCGUUUCGCACAGUCCAGACUGCAGCUACCUUGCAUCGUAUUUCCAAUCACUGAACUCAGGCGGAGGCGUGGUCCAGACCCGGAGACAUAUUUCACUUAUGACAUCAAGGCAGAUGGUCUUCAAGACCUACUAAUCACCUCCAAAGACAAGUUGAUUCAGUUCUCGCCGACACGGCCAAUUCAGCAGACAUUUUUACUUGUCCGUCCAUGGAACCGUCAUGAUCUUGGGCUGCCUGACUUUGCGGAGCCCGAUUUUGCAGAUGAUGC